AUGUCUUACAACUGCAGCUCUGCGAACUUCUCCUCUCGCUCUCUUGGAGGUUGCCUGCAAUGCCCAGUUUCCUUCUACAAUUCUUUCCACCCCAGCAAUGUAGUUUGCUCCCCCAGUUCCUGCCAGCUGGGCUCCUCUCUCUACAGUGGCUGUCAGGAGACCUGUUGUGAGCCCACCAGCUGCCAGACACCCUAUUCUGUCUCCAGACCCUGCUUCCGCCCAAAGAAUUCCAUCUUCUGCAACCCCUGCCAAACAAAUUACACUGGAUCUUCGGGAUGUGGAAAUAUUGGCCUUGGACCUUUUGGAUAUGGAAGUACUGGCUUCCAAUCUCCGGGCUGUGGGUCCAGCUUCUACCGCCCAACUUACUUUCCUUCCAGGAGUUGCCAGUCAACUUGUUACCAACCAGCCUUUAGCUCUCGCUGUUUUGGAUCAACUUACUGA